AUGGCGCAGCAAAGAAAUCAGACGGAUUCAGAGAAAUUCUCUUGUUCCAUCUGUCUGGAUCUUCUGAAGGAUCCGGUGACUACUACCUGUGGACACAGCUACUGCAUGGACUGUAUUAAAACACACUGGGAUAGAGAGGAUGGUACCAGACUCUACAGCUGCCCUCAGUGCAGGAAGAUUUUCACACUGAGGCCUGUCCUGCAGAAAAGCACCAUGUUAGCAGAGUUAGUGGAGGAUCUGAAGAAGACCAGACUCCAAGCUGCUGAUCUCUGCUAUGCUGGACCUGAAGAUGUGUCCUGUGACGUCUGCACUGGGAGGAAGAUGAAGGCUGUCAGGUCCUGUCUGGUCUGUUUGGCCUCUUAUUGUGAAAUUCACCUCCAGCCUCACUAUGAUUCACCUCCAUUAAAGAAACACCAGCUGGUGGAGCCCUCCAAGAACCUCCAGGAGAACAUCUGCUCCCAUCAUGGUAAGAUGAUGGAGAUUUUCUGUCUCACUGAUCAGCAGUUGAUCUGUUAUCUCUGCACCAUGGAUGAACAUAAAGGACAUGAAACCGUCUCAGCAGCAGUAGAAAGGAAGAAGAAGCAGAAGGAGCUGGAGGUGAGUCGACUGAACAUCCAGCAGAGAAUCCAGGAUAGACAGAAAGACGUGGAGCUGCUCCAACAGGAGAUGAAGGACAUCAAAGUCUCUGCUGAUAAAACAGUGGAGGACAGUGAGGAGAUGUUCACCCACGUGAUCCGUCUCAUCCAGAAAAGAGGCCGAAAUGUGAAGCAGCAGAUCAGAUCCCAGCAGAAGACGGAAGAGAGUCGAGUCAAAGAGCUUCAGGAGAAGCUGGAGGAGGAGAUCAGAGAUCUGAAGAGGGAAGACGCUGAGCUGAAGCAGCUCUCAGAUACACCAGAUCACAGCCACUUCUUCCACAACUACCCCUCAGUGUCAGCACUCACUGAGUCCAAACCCUCAUCCAACGUCAUCAUCCAGCCUCUGAGACACUUUGAGGACGUGACAGCAGCUGUGAAAGAGCUCAGAGAUCAGCUACAGGACAUUCUGAGGGACACGUGGACAAACAUCUCACUGGCAAUCACUGAAGUGGAUGUUCUACUGUCACAACCAGAACCAAAGACCAGAGAUGAGUUAAAAAAACUGUCUCUGGUUGAAAUCCUAACUCAAAGCACAUGAGUUUACUCUCAGAUGUAGGUGGCUUUGGAUGAAACUGUAGAACUGGAGUUUAGAUCUUCAUUAAAACUUUACUGUCUGAUCCACUUCUGAUGCUCACAU